CGCUAUCCAACUUCUCUGCAACUUCUUCCCAGUUUCACUUUACGAGCCCUGAAGAUGUGGGUUCCCUUCCUUCUCUUCUUGGCCUUUCUCUCAGCCAUCUCUGCCCAAGAAGACUUGUCUAGAAAGGUAUUUUUUUUCCGCAAUGAACCCAGCGAAGACUACGUCAUCCUUAAACCCCAGCCGGAAGAACCCUUGCAGAAUUUCACCAUUUGCCUGAGAUCCUACACAGACCUGACUCGGCCCUAUGGCCUCUUCUCCUAUGCCACACCUUCCGAGGACAACGAGAUCCUCAUUUUCAAGUCCAAGCCAGGAGAAUACCGAGUUUUUGUGGGAGGAGAAUAUGUAUCCUUCAAAGUCUCCGAGGAUCCCAUAAACUGGGAACACAUCUGCUUUGGCUGGGAAUCAGCCACAGGGACUGUCGAAUUUUGGAUGAAUGGGAAGCCCUGGCCGCGGAAAGGGUUGAAGAAAGGUUACACGGUUUCUGCAGAUGCCUUUAUCCUGCUAGGGCAAGAACAAGACCAUUAUGGAGGUUUGGCUGACUCUUACAACUCCUUCUCAGGAGAACUGACUGAUGUCUAUAUGUGGGACUUCCUUCUUUCACCUCAUAAGAUGAGGUCGGCCUACCAGGAUUUGCAGCUUCCCAGGUGCACCCUGGGAUGGAAGAAUCUGCAGUACGAAAUCAAGGGUGACGUGACAGUGAAAACUAGGCUACGAUAACGGAAAAGUGUCACUAUCCAGUCUUGCAAA